AAAGUAUCGAUUAAUCGAAAUCUGGUAUGGUGUUUGUGUUGAUGUCUGUCGGCGCUAAAAGUGAUACUGGAACUUUAUAUUUAAACUUUUAUUUUGAGCUUCAUAUACUUUAAAGUUGGAUGAGCUUAAUUUUGUAACAAUUUUUAAAUAAAAUGGCUUAUAAUUAUGUUGUUACGGCCCACAAGCCAACGGGUGUUGGAGCAUGCGUUACAGGAAAUUUCACCUCUCCAGAUGAUCUCAACUUACUUCUUGCAAAAAAUACUCGUUUGGAGAUUUACUCAGUCACUCCUGAAGGCCUGAGAGCUAUUAAAGAAAUUGGCAUCUAUGGUCGGAUUACUGUAAUGAAGUUAUUUCGCCCUCCGGAUGAAAAGAAGGAUUUGCUCUUUCUACUUACCCAUAAAUAUAAUGCCUGCAUCUUAGAAUGUGUUUAUGAAAAAGGCUCGAUGGAAAUUAUUACUAAAGCUCAUGGAAAUGUUGCGGAUACCAUUGCUAGACCUUCAGAGACUGGAAGCAUUGGUAUCAUUGAUCCUCUUUGUCGGAUAAUUGGGUUACGGUUAUAUGAUGGUCUCUUUAAAGUUAUUCCCUUAGAUAAAGAUAUGAAAGAACUCAAGGCUUUCAAUGUGAGGAUGGAAGAAUUACUUGUUCAUGACAUCCAGUUUCUUCAUGGCUAUUCAAAUCCUACUGUUGUUCUUGUGUAUCAAGAUGCAAAUGCCAGACACGUGAAUACAUAUGAAAUUUCUAUGAGAGAUAAGGAAUUUACAAAAGGCCCAUGGCAGCAAAAUAAUGUUGAAAUUGAAGCUACAACAGUGAUAGCAGUUCCUGAACCUUUCUGCGGAGCAAUUGUGAUUGGUCAAGAAUCUAUUACUUAUUAUCAUGGUGAUAAACACAUAGCUAUUGCACCACCUCUUAUCAAGCAAAGUGUCAUAAAUUGUUACUGCAAAGUGGAUGAAAAUGGAUCUCGCUAUUUACUUGGAAAUAUGUGUGGUCGCUUAUUUAUGCUGUUAUUGGAAAAAGAAGAAAAGAUGGAUGGAACUGUAGUUGUUAGAGACCUGAAGUUUGAAUUUCUUGGAGAGAUUACAAUUCCAGAAUGUAUAACCUAUUUAGACAAUGGAGUUGUUUAUGUAGGAUCCAGAUUGGGAGAUUCUCAACUUGUUAAACUUAAUGUGAAUGCUAAUGAAAGUGGAUCUUUCACAGAAACAAUGGAAACAUUCACCAAUCUUGGUCCAAUUGUAGAUAUGUGUGUUGUUGACUUAGAACGACAAGGGCAGGGUCAGUUGGUCACUUGUUCUGGUGCUUAUAAGGAAGGUUCACUUCGUAUAAUUCGCAAUGGUAUUGGUAUUCAUGAGCAUGCAAGCAUUGACCUUCCAGGUGUUAAAGGUUUGUGGCCCUUGAGAGUCGAUAGUGACAAAUAUGAUGAUACUUUAAUAUUGUCAUUUGUUGGUCAAACGAGGGUUUUGACUAUGGCUGGUGAAGAAGUUGAAGAAACUAAUGUAUCUGGAAUUGAUAUUAGUCAGCAAACAUAUUUGUGUGCAAAUGUUCGCUUUGAUCAAAUCAUUCAAGUUACUGCAACUUCAAUUAGGUUAAUCAGCAGACCAACUAAAAAGGUUUUGAGUCAAUGGAUGCCACCUCAUGGGGAGACAAUAUGUGUUGUAUCUGCUAAUGCUUCUCAACUGGUGUUGGCUCUCCGAACUGAUCUAUAUUACUUUGAAAUUUUUGAAGAGGAACUGAGACAAGUGGGCCAUACGGUGUUAGAAUUUGAAAUCGCUUGUCUUGAUGUCAACCCACUGGAUACUUCUGAAAAGACAUCAAUUUGUGCUGUUGGUUGUUGGACAGACAUCUCUAUUCGAAUUCUUUCACUUCCAUCUUUAAAAGAAUUGCAUAAAGAAAUGUUAGGAGGUGAUAUUAUUCCAAGGUCUAUACUAGCUGCAGCAUUUGAAACUACACAGUAUUUACUUUGUGCCUUGGGUGAUGGCUCUUUAUUUUAUUUCACAAUAGAUCCUGAGACUCGUGCACUUGCUGAUAGGAAAAAAGUUACUUUAGGAACACAGCCUACUUCUCUUAAAACAUUUAGAUCUCUUGCAACGACAAAUGUGUUUGCUUGUUCUGAUCGUCCUACUGUGAUAUAUUCUAGCAAUCAUAAACUUGUAUUUUCAAAUGUCAAUCUUAAAGAAGUUAGCCAUAUGUGCCCUUUGAACUCAGAAGGAUAUCCAGACAGCUUAGCAUUGUCAUUUGAUAAUUCUCUCUUAAUUGGAACUAUUGAUGAAAUUCAGAAACUGCAUAUUAGAACUAUUCCUCUGGGUGAAUCUCCCAGGAGAAUUGCCUAUCAAGAGAAUACACAAACAUUUGGUGUUAUCACAUCAAGAAUAGAUUUUCAUGACAGUUGUGGACUUACUCCUACGAGGCGAAGUGCCAGUACUCAAGCUCAAAGUGUUUCUGCUAGUUCAACAAUGAAUUCUAGUAUUAAGCUGCAAACUACAGGUCAAACUGCAGAUGAUUGCGGCCAAGAAGUUGAUGUUCACAGCUUGCUUAUUUUUGAUCAGCAUACGUUUGAAGUACUCCAUGCUCACCAAUUUUUGCCCAAUGAAUUUGCUAUUAGUAUCAUAUCAUCAAAACUUGGAGAUGAUCCAAAUACUUAUUAUAUAAUUGGUACAGCUAUUAUAAAUUCAGAUGAAUCUGAGCCAAAACAAGGUCGAUUUGUGAUAUUUCAAUGGAAAGAUGGUAAACUAACACAAGUAGCUGAAAAAGAGAUUAAAGGUGCUCCAUAUUGCAUAGUUGAGUUUAAUGGCAAACUAUUAGCUUCAAUUAAUAGUACAGUCCGGUUAUAUGAAUGGACUCCUGAAAAAGAACUACACAAUGAAUGUAGCUACUUCAACAAUAUUAUUGCUCUUUUUGUAAAAACUAAAGGGGACUUCAUUCUAGUCGGUGAUAUCAUGAGGUCUAUGGCUUUAUUAGUUUACAAACCACUGGAAGGUAGCUUUGAAGAAAUUGCAAGAGAUCAUCAACCGAAUUGGAUGACAGCUAUAGAGAUUUUAGAUGAUGAUACUGUUUUAGGAGCUGAAAAUUCUUUUAACUUAUUUGUUUGUCAAAAAGACAGUGCUGCUACAACAGAUGAAGAGAGACAACAUCUGCCAGAAAUAGGACAUUUCCAUCUAGGAGAAAUGGUUAAUGUAUUUCGAAAAGGUUCUCUUGUAAUGCAACAUCCUGGUGAAAGCACUACUCCUUGCACAGGAUCAGUGUUGUAUGGCAGUGUUAAUGGUGCUAUUGGUUUGGUGACACAAAUACCUGAAGAAUAUUAUAAAUUUUUGCUGUCAGUCCAAAAUAAUCUUACCCGGGUGAUUAAAUCAGUUGGAAAAAUUACACAUUCAUUUUAUCGAACUUUUUCAACUGAAAGGAAGUCAGAAUUGGCAUCUAAUUUUAUCGAUGGUGAUCUCAUUGAAAGUUUUCUCGACUUAAAUAGGCAACAAAUGGAAAAGGUUGUGGAAGGUGUUCAGUAUGAUGAUGGAUCUGGUAUGAAAAGAGAUGCAACCGUUGAUGACAUUGUCAAAGUUGUGGAAGAACUUACUAGGAUUCAUUAGUGUUACCAAUUGCACAAUAUUUGUGUAAAAAGAACUAUUUUAAGUAAUGCUUUGUAAAAAUAGUGUUAUAAGCAUCCUGUAAAUAAAAUUCAUUGAGAAGUAUCCUAAAUUUCAGUGACAGUUUUCAAAAUAAAAUUGACUUUAACUGAA